AUGGCCAGCAUCGGCGUGACGGAAGCCGGACCCCACGCUGUUUCGGACGCGACUCGCACGCAAGCAGACGCUUAUAAAGCACAGGGUAAUGAAGCGUUGGAACACUUCAAGUUCGCAACAGCCAUUGGGCUAUAUACGAAAGCCAUUGAGCUGUUGCCCACCGCGAUCUUUUAUGCCAACCGUGCGGCCGCACACGUUAAGAGUGAGAGCUACGGAUUAGCGAUUGACGAUGCAUCAGCCGCCAUUGAGCUAGAUGCUACUUAUGCCAAAGCGUACUAUCGCCGUGGUUCAGCAAAGCUGGCUCUCGGCCACCACAAAAAGGCUUUGAAAGAUUUUCGUCUUGUAGUACGCAUGAAACCACAGGAUCGUGACGCGCGUGCCAAGCUUAAGCUUUGCGAGAAGAUCAUCAAGGAGGCAGCAUUCGCGACUGCGAUUCAGUCGGAGCGCAACCGGCCACUCUCAGAGACGAUUGACGUAAAUACGUUGGUUGUGGAUCCAUCGUACGAUGGACCGUGCCUUCCGGAAGACGUGACUCAGACCAAGCCAGACUUUAUUGUGGCUCUUAUGGAUCGCUUUAAACGUGGAAAGCUCCUACAUCGCAAGUUUGUAAUCCAAAUCCUACUGAAGCUCAAAGAAAUGCUUUGUGCCUUGCCAUCUCUUGUGCACGUAUCGCUUCCAGCUGACGAUCCUGACGCGCACUUUACAGUAUGUGGAGACACCCACGGCCAAUUCUACGACGUCUGCAAUAUUUUUUCGCUUAAUGGACUGCCUAGCGAAUCCAACCCAUAUUUAUUUAAUGGUGACUUUGUCGACCGAGGUUCAUUCUCGUUCGAGGUUGUCAUGACACUUUUUGUUAUGAAACUCGUGUACCCAAACCAUGUACACUUAUUGCGUGGGAACCAUGAGUCUAAAAAUAUGAACAAAAUAUAUGGGUUUGAGGGCGAGGUGAAGCAUAAAUACGAUGAGACGGUCAUGCAGCUCUUUACUGAAGUGUUCAACUGGCUGCCUCUUGCAGCUGUAAUUGAAAAGAAGGUCCUUGUUGUGCACGGCGGCCUUUUUAGCGACGAUACUGUGACUCUGGCUGAUAUCGAAAAGAUUGAUCGCAAUCGUGAACCACCGGAUGGUGGACUUAUGAGCGAUUUGAUGUGGAGCGAUCCACAGCCGUUUCUAGGUCGUGGCCCCAGCAAGCGCGGGAUUGGCCUUUCUUUCGGACCUGAUGUUACAAAGGCUUUCUUAGAACGAAACAAACUGAAUCUUCUUGUGCGCUCACACGAGGUCAAAGAUGAAGGUUACUUAGUAGAACACGACGGAAAGUGCAUUACUGUUUUUAGCGCACCGAACUAUUGCGACCAGAUGGGCAACAAAGGCGCGAUCAUUCGUUUUGAAAGAGACAUGCAGCCUCGAUUCACGCAGUUCGUUGCCGUGGAGCACCCUCCAAUUCGACCGAUGGCAUAUGCAGGUAACAUGGGUGGGAUGUUCGGCUAG